GUCGGUAUUUCCGUGGGGCGAGUGGGUGACACAAGCGGGAGUACCCUAAUAUGUGAUCUAGAUGAAGAUGGGGUCUCAUAGCAAACGUAUGCGCCUUGGAAAUAGCUAUCCACUCUGUCGCGUGACACCCUGGUAGCUUGAUGCCGGGAUAAUACUACGAGAUACGACGGGGACUUGGACCUGAACGCGGACAUAGAGAAAUGAGGGAAUUCCAAGACAUAAGAAGUGUUAUGUGUUACCUCAUAGUUAUUGUCCUCCCGCGUUUGGUCACAGUGGGGACUCAGCUUCGUGAUAUUCGUCGUUUUCUUUCCGUAUUCGUACUCAUGUUUUUGCUUCAGCUUGCUGGGCAGAAGUCAUAUAUGUCUAAGCUUCGUGUAAAUAGGUAUGGUCAGAGGAACUAAGAUCUAGAUCCAGACUGUUGGAAAGUUGGA